CGGCGGCGACGGCGAGGCGCGCAGGCGCGGCUGCUUCCCGGCAGUGACGCGGCGGCGGGCGCGCGCGUCGCAUUUCCGCCUCUGGCGAAUGGCUUUGCUGUAACGCGCGCCCCGGGCCCAGCUGCGACCCCGGCCCCGCCCCCGGGACCCCGGCCAUGGAGGACCUGUACCCGCUCAUCUUCCCCUCAGAGCCAGCCCAGGCCUCUGGCCCUUAUGUGGAGAUCAUCGAGCAGCCCAAACAGCGGGGCAUGCGCUUCCGUUACAAAUGCGAGGGUCGCUCAGCAGGCAGUAUUCCAGGCGAGAGGAGCACUGAUACCACCAAGACCCACCCCACCAUCAAGAUCAAUGGCUACACGGGGCCAGGGACAGUUCGCAUCUCACUGGUCACCAAGGACCCCCCUCACCGGCCUCACCCUCACGAGCUCGUGGGGAAAGACUGCCGGGAUGGCUUCUAUGAGGCUGAGCUCUGCCCAGACCGCUGCAUCCACAGCUUCCAGAACCUGGGGAUCCAGUGUGUAAAGAAGCGGGACCUGGAGCAGGCCAUCAGUCAGCGCAUCCAGACCAACAACAACCCCUUCCAAGUUCCCAUAGAAGAGCAGCGCGGGGACUACGAUUUGAAUGCUGUUCGGCUCUGCUUCCAGGUGACAGUGCGGGACCCAUCAGGCAGGCCCCUCCGCCUGUCACCUGUCCUCUCGCAUCCCAUCUUUGACAACCGCGCCCCCAACACAGCAGAGCUAAAGAUCUGCCGAGUGAACCGAAAUUCUGGGAGCUGCCUCGGCGGAGAUGAGAUCUUCCUGCUAUGUGACAAGGUGCAAAAAGAGGACAUUGAGGUGUAUUUCACGGGACCAGGCUGGGAGGCCCGAGGCUCCUUUUCGCAAGCCGAUGUACACCGACAAGUGGCCAUUGUGUUCCGGACACCUCCCUAUGCGGACCCCAGCCUGCAGGCCCCUGUGCGUGUCUCAAUGCAACUGCGGAGGCCUUCGGAUCGGGAGCUCAGCGAGCCCAUGGAAUUCCAGUACUUGCCAGACACAGAUGAUCGUCACCGGAUUGAGGAGAAGCGUAAAAGGACAUAUGAGACCUUCAAGAGCAUCAUGAAAAAGAGUCCUUUCAAUGGACCCACCGAUGCCCGGCCUCCUCCCCGGCGCAUUGCUGUGCCUUCCCGCAGCUCAGCUGCCAUCCCCAAGCCAGCUCCCCAGCCCUAUCCCUUUACGCCAUCCCUCAGCACCAUCAACUUUGAGGAGUUUUCCCCCAUGGUCUUUUCUUCUGGGCAGAUCCCAAGCCAGAACUCGGCCUUGGCGCCUGCCCCAGUCCUGGCGCAGGCACCAGCCACUGCCUCAGCCAUGGCAUCAGCUCUGGUUCAGGCCCCAACCCCUGUCCCAGUCCUAGCCCCCGGCCUGACUCAGGCUGUGGCCCCACCUGCUCCCAAGCCCUCCCACGCUGGGGAAGGGACACUGACAGAGGCCCUGCUACAGCUCCAGUUUGAUGCCGAUGAAGACCUAGGGGCCCUGCUGGGCAAUAACGCCGACCCAGCCGUGUUCACGGACCUGGCAUCCGUCGACAACUCUGAGUUUCAGCAGAUGCUGAACCAGGGAGUAUCUAUGACCCCCCACACAGCAGAGCCCAUGCUGAUGGAGUACCCUGAGGCCAUAACACGUUUGGUGACAGGGUCCCAGAGGCCCCCUGACCCAGCUCCUGCUCCCCUUGGGGCCUCUGGGCUCCCCAACGGCCUCCUCUCAGGAGAUGAAGACUUCUCCUCCAUCGCAGACAUGGACUUCUCAGCCCUUCUGAGUCAGAUCAGCUCCUAAGGCGGUGGUAACACCUACCCUGCCCAGAGCACUGGGUUCCCGGGGAUUGAGGCCCUCCCAAAGCAAGCACUUAUGGAUUCUGGGGGGGGUGUGCUCCAACUGCCCCAACUUCUUUAGGUAAUGUCUCCAUGGUGAGGGGGUUGCAUUUUAUUCUUUUAUUGGCAAUAUCUAUCUCUCUCUUUUUGGAGGUGCUUAAGCAGAAGCAUUAACUUCUCUGGAAAGCGGGAAGCUGGGAGGACUCAAACUCUUCCUUGCCCUAGCCUGAUGUUUAGCUCCCUUCUCGCUAUAGAGUAUUCUAGGGGCCUUCAUCCCCACCCUCCAGCUUCUAGUACUCUCCUAGAGAGAGGGACAGGCUGGAGCUGUGGCCUUACAGGCCUCAAAGCCUUACUACCAAGUGUCUUCCACAAAUCAUGGAGUCAUUUACACUUGAGCCAAAAUAAUGCCCCUGUUACCAGUCCUAUGGUGCUGGCGUUGCCCUUGUGCCUAACACCAGGGUUUGAGGGGCCAGCCCAGGGCAGGACUUCCUGCCCUGCAGUUGUCUCUGCCAGCUCUUUCCUUACUCAGCUGUGGCUGAGAACUGGUGGGGUAGUACUUGGUCCUCUCCAGGGUCCAGGGAGAUUUCAAUCUGAUACUUCUCAGUUCCCCCUUUCCUCAAGUGCCUUAAUAGGAGGGUGAGUUGUUUGGAGAGUGGGGGGAGGGCAGGCUGGCACCUCUCCAAUCAGGAGGCUCCGUUUUUACUAAAAAAAUCAAAAAAGUUGGAUUCUUGCUCUUUCUAUUCUGAACUAAUAAAUUUGUUGCCAAGCUGGCCAGA